GCAACUUCUGUCAGAAAGAAAGAGAACUCAUAGUACCGUAAACUCUAUUGUUUUUUUUUAGUGCAAUGUUUAGAAAUGGUGAAUGUGAUAUAUAUAGUACCGUAGAAUAAUUUUUUUAGGGUGUUAUAGUGGCAAGUACGUAUAGAUUUCGCGUUAAUUUUACAUUAAAAGUAUGGAAGAUACCACCGAAACAAAUUUUAACCCUAUUUCCAUGGGGUGUGGCCAACAUUCACAAAUUUCGCUACGUAUUAGCCCCACCAUUGGAGGUGAUUUCAAUUUAGUUGUGAACUCGGAUAUCACAAUUGAAAAUCUUAAAAAAUUAGUCUCUAAGAGACUCAAAGUUCCUAGGGAUCGAAUAUGUCUACUAUUUAGGGAUAAGCAACUUCAAGAAGGCAACCUCAUACAAAAUGGACUUUCUGAUGGUUCAAAAGUUACCCUAUUACCCAAUGUGGAAACAGGACUAAUUACUCAACGUCCUGAAAUUGGUAUAAUGCAAGCUCUAGAAUCAUUAAAUGAUACUCAGGUUAAUGAAUUUUUGUGUGGUAAAGCACCUCUCAAUUUAAGUAUGCGUUUAGGAGACCACAUGAUGUUAAUUCAACUUCAACUGAGUACAGUAUCAGGAGCAAAACCACCCCCUUCAUCCAGUGAUCCUCCCCCUCAGAAACCUCCUAGUCUUACACAAGCCUCACGAAAUCUACAAAGCACUUUAAGACGGCUAUCUGCAGACGUUUUUUCUGGUAGAAGUGAAGGUCGCCGUGGCAGUGUUUAUUCAGGAACGUUUAGCGGAGCCCUAAACCCAGCCUUGCAAGAUCCCAAAGGACGUCCGCGACGUGACGUGGCAACUAUUGUACACAUCUUGAAUGAUUUGUUAUGUUCCGCCCCCGAACUGAAACGUGUGAACAAUAGAGGUGGGGAAUCAUCAGAGUCGUCCGAAUCAAUGACGGAAACGAUUCAACAGAUUGUUACUCCCUCGUCGUUAAGCGAUGAUCAAAAUCUGCGCACGCGUGGCAAACUGGAACAGUUGCGUUUGGUUAUGGGCGAAAGGCGCGAACGUAGACGUCAAAGAAAACAAAAGCCAUACUCACUGCCUCAAACCACUGACUCGGACACUGUCACUGCAUAACAAGAUCUGACUACUCGUUAUUUUUGUAAAUAUAAUAGGUUUCCGUUAACAUUAACACCAUUUGGAUAAUGUAUAAAAAACAUAAGCAAUUUCUGACCACGUAGACUUGUUUAUUUCAAUUAGUAAAAAGAUAAAUUGAAUAAAUACGAAUUUAUUUCAAAUGUCA